UGUAUCGAGUGUUGACGAGUUACGGCAAAUUUUAGGAACUGAAGUUGAUUAAUCGCAAAAGAAAAAAGUGAAAAUGACUGCCCAUAAACAUGACAAUGAAGUCUAAGAAAGGCAAAAUAACAGUGCAAUAACCGAUGAGAUUGUCUACAAAGACUCGUCUACCAUUUCAAAAGGAACUCAGUCUUCAAAUCCACAUAAUGAUUAUUGCCAGCACUUUAUAGAUACAGGGCAACGUCCACAAAAUUUUAUCAGAGAUGUUGGACUUGCUGACAGGUUUGAAGAAUAUCCAAAACUUAGAGAAUUAAUUAAAUUAAAAGAUGACCUCAUUGCUGAAACAGCAACUCCACCAAUGUAUCUGAAAACUGAUCUGUUAACUCAUAACUUAAAAGAAUUUACUUGUAAGUUUGAUGUGAUACUUAUAGAACCUCCACUAGAAGAGUAUCAAAGAACUUGUGGUGCUACAAAUGUACAACUUUGGAACUGGGAUCAGAUAAUGGAAUUGGAUAUAGGUGAAGUGGCAGCUAACAGGAGUUUUGUGUUUUUGUGGUGUGGUAGUAGUGAUGGGCUUGACAUGGGGAGAUUGUGUUUAAGAAAAUGGGGUUUCAGGCGGUGUGAAGAUAUUUGUUGGAUAAGAACUAAUAUGAACAAUCCUGGCCACAGUAAGAAUUUAGAUAGUAAAGCAGUGCUUCAAAGGACUAAAGAACAUUGUUUGAUGGGUAUCAAAGGAACUGUGCGAAGAUCAACUGAUGGUGAUUUUAUUCAUGCUAAUGUUGACAUUGACUUGAUUAUAUCAGAAGAACCAGAGUAUGGUUCUAUUGAAAAGCCUGUAGAAAUAUUUCACAUUAUAGAACACUUUUGCCUUGGUAGAAGAAGGUUACACUUAUUUGGUCGAGAUAGCACAAUUAGGCCAGGUUGGCUGACUGUUGGUCCAGAAUUAACUAACACCAAUUUCAAUGCAGAUAUCUAUAAUAGUUACUUUCCAACUAAUCAAAUCACGACUGGUUGUACAGAACGGAUCGAAGCUCUCAGACCCAAGUCCCCUCCACCGAAAGGCAAAUCCUCCAGUAGAGGUAGAGGUGGUUUUAAUCGUGGACGUGGAAGAGGUCGGUGAAAUGAUGUAGAAACAAGUGUAUAAUUCCAUAAAUAUUUGUUAUUUAUAAAUAUUUUAUAAAGCUAUAGUAAAUUUAACACACUAAAAACUUGCCAUCUCGAAGAUAGUUUGAGAGAAUAAUGAAGAAUAGAUUGUUUUUGCAUUGUUGAACUGCAUGAUAUUAAUUUAUGAUCGCGGCACACGUUCCGUCAACUGUCGUGACAAUUUGCAUUUCAUUUAUGUUUAGUUAUUAUUCUUCUUUUUAUUAUUCUUUUCAAAGAAAAUACUUUUAUUGUGAAUGUAUUUGAAAAAGUGUAAAUUGUAAACUGGAAAUUCGAAGAUUGGAAAGUGAAAUAAAUUUUGUAUUUUUUAAAAUUUGCCUCACAGAAAAAAAUUAUUAAUCUGACCUGUAAAAUUUUUCAUAUGUGGUAAAGGACUAGGGCAAGGGAAUAAUGAUUAAAUAAAAAAUGCAGGUAUAAACUCAUUUUACCUUUUGGUAAAUUUAAUAAAAAAAAUUAAACUGGUUUUAUGUAUAAACAUUUUCACAAGAUGUUUUUGUUUGUUGCUUUGUUUAGAAUUAGACAAUCAAGUUAUUGAAUAUAAUUUACUUUUUUGGAGGAAAAGUUGUCACGUGUUUAAAUAUCUUAGAACAAAGAUAAAAACAAUGCUUCUGUUUGAAUGUUGUUUUCGCUUACCAUUUUUUGUUUUCAUUUACGCUGUUUUUGAUGAGUGUAGACAAAGAAAGAAAGAAAAACAUUUUAAAGUUUCAUUAACAGAUUUGUUAACCUUGUAAAAAAUAAACAGCCAACAAUGUAGUGGUCAGAACAAAAGGCUCUACAAAUAGUCGACAACGUGUCUCGUCAUUCUUCUGAUCAGAGUAUUGUUGGCUGUUUAUUUAUUAAUUUUUGGUUUUGAGGAUAUUAACAAAUCUCCUAACAAAACAUCAAAAGUUUACUAUUUUCUUUGUCUUCACUGAUCGUAAAUAGCGUCAAUGAUAACAAAGACUAUAGAUUAAAUUACAAAUAAAUAAUCAAUAACUUUGCAAACAUUGACAAAUGCAUCAGUAUACUUUUUUAAUUGGAAUUUUUUGAAUAAUUGAAAAAAGAGUAUAUUUGACGAAUUUAAACUCGUCGAGAGUUUUGAGCGCAUUAGUUGAACUCAAAAUGUUUAUUAAUUAAUUAUACAUAACAUCAGUUUUGCGAUCCGAGAUAACAAAAGUGUCAUUCAUUUUUUUUAAUAAUGAUCGACGAAAUUUCAUCUAUAUUGCACUCGUUCCUCGUAAUUGUCCAAAAGUAAAAAAUAAAUUAAAUAAGUGAGAGACGCUACAGUGACCAAAUCAACAAAUUAUCAACACGUAAUUAUAGUCACGAGUAUAUUGCUUAAAAAUCUAUAAAUGCGUAUACUCGACGUCAUCAAGAGUAUGACAAAAAAAAUUGGUUAUUUUCACAAAUUUAUCUUCUUUUUUUCAUUUCCUCAAUAUAUCACCAUAAAUUCAAUGCUCAAUAAAUAACAAAUUUUAAUCGAAACGCGCGCAUACGUGUGUGUAUAUAUAACUAAAUUUUGCGAAAUUCACUGUACAGCGACAAAAAAAGCUUCUUGUUUUAUGCUCAGCGCUAUUUUUUGUUGCAAAACAUUGUACUUUUCUUUUCAAAUCACUAUUCUACAUUGUACACAUAUAUUGAGUUAAUAGGAGCGAAUAAGAAAGAGGAGUCGGAAAUAAACGCUUAUAUAUAAAAUAGUACGAUGAUUAAUAUAAUAAAAAUACAGUCGAUCAUUAGAGGCUCGUCCUUGUAUAUUUUGUUCUUUCAACUAUUUAUCUUUACAAUCGUAUAGCGACAAACGACAAUUAUCAUUACUCAUAAAUAAGGAUUUGUACUUUCAUUUUUACAGAGGCCGAUAUUUCUCCCUUCGAUUAUCAGAAUAGCAGUAAUAAUAGUAAUAGUAGGAAUAAUAAUAAUGUGAUGAUAAUAAAAAUAAUUAAAAAACGAAAAUAGAUGGACAAGGGCUGAUACUACGGUAAAAAUUACAAGUUGUAUACAUAAAAAAGAAGGAUCGAGAGAUAGGGAGGACAACUUGGCAAUAGAAAAAAUUUACUAUUUGCAACUUAAUCUACUCUCCGAAAGAUGAAAACAUCGCUUGAACGCGUGACAAUAAAUAAAUAAAAAUAGUCUAAAAAAAGAAGACGAAGAAAAGUCAGUAGUAAUAGGUAAUUCUUGGCUAUUUCCACAUCAUCUCUAUAUCAGAACAUCUAAAUUUUUUUAAAUUCAAUACCUUAGUGUUUAUUAAAGAUAUUGAGAUUAUUGUUUUUCAAAAUUUGCGAAAACAUCAGUAUUUUCAAUACAUUAAUAACAAAAAUUAAAUCGUUUAUUUAUCCUAAAAUUGUAAAUAAUUUUAUCGACAAAUCAUAUUUACUCAAAAACGGAUCUUUCAAUUUAAAAAUUUUAUGCACCAUUGGAUUCCUCAUCAGUUUAUACAUAACAAACCGUUGUAAAAAUUAAGUGCCUGUUAUUACAAUCGGUGUAGAUGUUGAAAGCGAAUACUAUUCCACCGCUGAACGCUCAUUAAGCUAUAUGAAGUCGGGUCGCCUGGCCGUCCGUUAUGCUAUUGAUGACUUAACAGUGCUAACAUACGAUAUGAUCCAUUUUUCAAUAAUGUGUAACUAAUUACUUCAACAAUGUAAUAGUUAACUAUUAACGUACAUAUUUAUAUUAGUUCGAAUUGGAUUUAAUAAAACAUUUUCUAGCUACGUUUGAUCAGACUCGAAAUCGACGUCAUAGAUUUUGCGGUCGCAUUAAAAAUGUAUUUUUGAAUUUUUCUUUUUACUUAUAUUUAUUUCAUACCACUUAAUAUAUAUUAACAAUUAUAUAUAUUUUAUAUGCUGUAGAUGAUCAGUACAAAAAAAUUUCGCUAGUUAACCGAUUAACGCUCAAAGGACAGUUUUUCAAGAACUGAGCUCGAAUUAUUACCACGUAACAAAAUUUCUUACAUACAAAAUUAUCUUAAAAUUGAAUAACGAAUACCCUCAACAUUUUUUAGAGUGAUCUAAGAAAAGUUUUAAAAAAGUCAUGAGGUCGAAAAUUAUAUCGAAAAAUUCUGAAAUAACUGUAGGAUUCUCUAAUUCUAAAAAAUUUUUAUUCUUAGAAAAUUUGUAUUAGAAUAUAUAGUUUUCAUGCAAAAAAUUCACGUUAAGUAUCCCUUAAGAAUUUAAAUAAGAAUCCCUUAAGAAACAAAUAUUAAGGAAACGAAAAGUAUUUAUAAACAAUUUCAUCGAAAAAUUAAGCUUAUUUGAUUAUUAUUGAUUUUUUAAUGAUAAAACAUUGCGUCGGAAUUGUCAACCAACACUAUUAUAAAGAGCACUCUCAAAAAUAAAAUAAUAAUUCGAACUCAGUUCUCGAAAAAUCGUCCUGUGAACGUUAAUAGGUUAAUUUAAAUAACAUACCUUAUUUCAAAUUCAGUUGACUGUAGAGUUUUCUCUACUUUAAAUUAUAUUAUAUUGCCAUCGCUUACUGGAAUAUCAUAACAAUCUAGCACUCUUCCUACAUAGAGUUAACAUUGUUAACGAUCCUAAAUGUCACAUGGAGCUGAACGAGAGGACAUUGACCACAUGAUGUGGCAAUGUCCAUGGUUCGAUCAUCAACACACUAUUACCAAUCAGAAAAUUUGAGACUAAAAAUUUAUCUCUGACUUAACAUAAGUUCAUUUUUUUUAAAUAAUAAAACAAAAAGAAAUAUAAACUUCUACAUAACUAAAUUAUAAAAAUAAGAAUAAAAUAAAAGUAAUACCUAGAUUCCAAUAAUUUCCAUGACAAUUUUGAUGGCGAUAAAUAUAUUAUAUUGCCAUCGCUUACUGGAAUAAGUGCAUGUGAAGACCGUAUCCCUUGUAUAACAGCAGCAUCUUUCAAUUCUGUGCACAUUAAUUUCGAAAUUUUCAUAUUCUUGUUUACCACCAUAUAUAAAUAUAUAUUAGGCAUUUAGAUUUUUCUACCCAAUUGGAAAAUACCAUAGAGAUACUAAUUACUUUACUACGUAUAUCAUUUGGCCUAGCCAUUCUUUUUAUAGCUCCUCCAAUUCUAUCACACGGACUUUUACAUAGCAACCCAUUAAAAAUAUCACCUUUUUUGACACAAUAAAUUUUAUAAUAACGGGCUUAAUUGAAAAUUUUACUAUUUCUUUGAAAUAGUAAAAUUUUCUUGUAUUAUAAUUAUAUCAUUGAUUUUUUUGUAAACAGAAAAAGGAUAUACGCACGCAUGCAUGCGCGCGCACACACACACACACGUGCACACACACACGCGCGCACACGCGCACACGCGCACGUACACGCACGCACACACACACACACGCACGCACGCACGCACGC